AUGUCUGGCGAGGCGCCCCUGGAGGCCAAGAUGGAGCAGCUGGCCACCCCGAGCGGGGCGGAUGCGGCCGUGUCGAACGCCGAGCUGACCGAGGAGGAGAAGCAGGCCCGCAAGGAGGCCAAGAAGGCCGCCAAGGCAGCCGAGAAGGCCGCGAAGGAGGCCGCCAAGGCCCAGCGCGCGCAGCAGCGAGGCCAGAAGGAGGCGCCCGUGGACCGCCCGGACCCGGACGACCCGCUCAAGGACCGCUACGGCGACCUCCCGCUCAUCCAGUCCGCGGAGAGGACCGACCGCGUCUGGACCACGGUCGCGGACCUCACCGCGGCCGACGCCGGCAAGGAGGUCCUCCUGCGCGGCCGCCUGCACACGUCGCGCGGCAAGGGCAAGAGCGCCUUCCUCGUCCUGCGGCAGAACACCGCGACCGUCCAGCUCGUGAUGUUCGCGGACGACAAGACCGUGUCCAAGCACAUGAUCAAGUACGCCAUGGCGCUGCCCCGCGAGAGCAUCAUCGAGGUCACCGGCGUCGCGAAGGACGCCAAGGUCGAGGCCUGCAGCCAGUCCGACGUCGAGCUCGCCGUCACCUCCAUCCGCGCCAUCACGCGCGCGGCGGCGCUGCCGUUCGAGGUGGUGGACGCGGCGCGCUCGGACGUGGAGGUCGCGGAGCUGCAGGCCAAGGGCGAGGUGAUGCCCACGGUCUCGCAGGACGUGCGCCUCAACAAGCGGUACAUCGACCUCCGCACGCCCGCCAACCAGGCCAUCUUCCGCGUGCAGUCCCAGGUGUGCCAGCUGUUCCGCGAGUCGAUGCUGAAGAACGGGUUCGUGGAGGUGCACACGCCGAAGAUCAUCGCGGGGUCGUCCGAGGGCGGCGCGGCGGUGUUCAAGCUGGACUACAUGGGCACCUCCGCGUGCCUCGCGCAGAGCCCGCAGCUGUACAAGCAGAUGUGCGUCAUGUCGGACUUCCCGGGGGUGUUCGAGAUCGGACCCGUGUUCCGCGCGGAGCAGUCCUUCACGCACCGGCACCUCUGCGAGUUCACCGGCCUCGACUUCGAGAUGGCCAUCAAGGAACACUACCACGAGGUGCUCGACGUGAUCGACGAGCUGUUCCUGCGCAUCUUCGACGGGCUGAACGAGCGGUGCGCGCACGAGCUCGAGACGAUCGCCAAGCAGUACCCCUUCACCCCCCUCCGGUACCUCCGCAAGGCCCCCCGCAUCCCCUUUGUGGAGGGCAUCAAGAUGCUGCAGGACGCCGGGUUCGCCGACGCGGACCCGGACGCGGACCUGUCCACCGAGCUCGAGCGCGAGCUGGGCCGCCUCGUCGCCGAGAAGUACAACACGGACUUCUACUUCCUGACGCGCUUCCCGCUGGCGGCGCGCCCGUUCUACACCAUGCCGGCGCCGGACGACCCGACGCGGACGAACUCGUUCGACAUCUUCAUCCGCGGCGAGGAGAUCAUCUCCGGCGCGCAGCGUAUCCACGAGCCCGAGCUCCUCGCGAAGCGCGCGGCGGAGUGCGGCAUCGAGGUGGCCAGCAUCCAGGACUACAUCGAUGCCAUGAAGUUCGGGGCGUACCCGCACGGCGGCGUGGGCGUGGGCCUCGAGCGCGUCGUGAUGCUCUUCCUGGGGCUCAACAACAUCCGGAAGACGUCGAUGUUCCCGCGCGACCCCAAGCGGCUGACGCCGUAG